UGAGGAGAGUUGGAUUCACGACGAGCUCGAUCGCGUCUCUUGACCACCAUCCACGACCACCACCACCUUUAUCAGCGGCCGCAGCUGGCCAACCGCUCAAUUCACAGGUUCGGUAUGCUCAGUCAUACAAUCCAUUGAACUUGACUGAUUUGGGCAUCUCUGCUACAGGACUCUAUCUAGUAUCUCUAGCCAGUCGCAAGCCACUCCCUAGCGGCUGAUGUCCGCCCCUCCUACAUCUCCGAGAGAUGAACUUCCAGAAGAGACCACGACUGAUUCCUCAAUCACCCCUGGCACGACUCCCACAACGAGAAACCACCCUGCCAGCUUGAGUACAAGUACCGGUGCACGACUUCCCAUCCAUCGCAGCCUCAGUCAAAGCUCACGUUGGUCUCCGGGUGACACACCACAACAUCAUCACCAGGGAACAUCUUACUUUUCUUUACCUGCCAGGCCCACGUCACCACCUACCCCUAGACGAACGAAUUUCCUUCAACCUACGAGAACAAUGUCGGCCGCUUCAAUCAAGCGGCGUGGUGGGCGCAGUACCAGUCUUACGAGUUCACAUGCAACCAACAGAGGAUAUCGAGACGAUGGAGAGCCUUUGAGCGAAGAGGAGGAGGAAGAAACUCCAGGCUCAAGCGGGACUGAGACAGGUGCCGAUGGCGAGAGUUACCGACGAGAGCAUAGGGUCGGUGACAAUGAUCUUGAGAGUGGAGAGGUCGGUGAGGAUGGGUCGGAAAGGGAAGAGGAACCGGUCACGCUCAAAGAUCGACAAUCUCUCAUAAAUGUUGAACAUCCGUUUGGUCUACCCAUCUGGAAACCUGCGCUGUACAAGAAGUCCCGCUCGGUGACGCGUUACGCAGAUCAGGCUCUACAUUCCGUUCCUUCAGCUCAGGCUGAACGCCACCUACUGCCAGGAAAUAUCUUCUGGGCUGUUGUUUUUGGAUGGUGGCUUGCAUUGGCGUGCCUGUUGGCAUCGGCGAUCCUGUAUAUCAUCCCCGCAGGUGGCAGACGCUUUUCUUCGCUAUUCUUUGGUCUAGGUUGGUAUCUACUAUGGCCCUUUGGCAAGUACGUAGAGGGAGACAUUGGGCACCCAUCUCCACCCGAAGAUGAAGAACAAGCUCGCGGUUCAGAUGAGCAUCCAAUCCACACGGUCGCAGAGGAUGAGGAAUAUCAGGCGGAAGUCCCAUCGUCCAACCAUUCGACCAUAACUCCUCGCACCGCGCCUCAACAACAACCGUCUUCUGCGUCAUGGGAUGCUUCUGUUGCGAAUGAAGAGACAUCGCUGUUGACUCAGUCUUUCCAUAGUGACCGUCCUAGCCUGACACCCUCCAAAUCGUACGGAGCAACUCCUCAAUUCUCGCAACCCUAUUCCAUCGGUGCACGAAGAGGUAAAUCCUCUGACAUACUCGGGCGUAUAUGUUUCUGGCUGUUCCUCGUCACUCUGAUCGCCCCACUCAUGCUCAUUGUAUGUCUGACAUGUUGGGGUCUCGUCUUUACAAUCCCGAUGGCGAAGCUUAAUUGGGCACUUAUCAAGCACCUCUUCCAACAUCCUACCGACAUCCGAUUCUGUGCAGCCCCUGCUGCGGUUCCCGUUCCUGCCACUCACGGCACCUCAGGAGCAGCCGACCAAGCGGGCACUUCACGACCUGAAAUCCCUCCCUCCUUCAAACAUACUCGACUUUCAGCAGGCCAAGCUGCCCCUUCUGGUUCACCUACAUCAACCGUCCUGCUGUGUACUUAUCGCGCCUUUGGGUGGAAGUAUUACAAAUAUACCAUUGGUGGUGUCAAUAUUCUGUUUAUCAACCUUCUUCCUAUCGUCGCCUUUGUCCUCCUUGAUGGCUUCAUCCUUUGGCCUAUUGCUGAACGAAGGGAACAAGCUGGCAAACAUGUCCCCGCUCUCCUUACCCUACUCACCUCUCGUCCUCUUAUCUUCUUGUUGAGUUUGACAAGCGUCAUUCCUUUAUCUUACUUUAUCGGCAUGGCUGUUGCGUCCAUUUCAGCACAAUCUUCAAUUGGAAUGGGUGCCGUCAUCAACGCAACUUUUGGUUCGAUCAUCGAAAUCAUCCUCUACGGAAUCGCUUUGACUGAGGGCAAGGGACACCUCGUUGAAGGUUCCAUCGUCGGUAGUUUGCUAGCCGGUGUACUCCUCAUGCCCGGAAUGAGCAUGUGCAGCGGUGCUAUCCGGCGCAAAGAACAGAAAUUCAAUGCCAAGAGCGCCGGUGUGACGAGUAUGAUGUUAAUCAUGGCAUUCAUUGGCACUCUCGCACCGACUUUGUUUUACCAAACUUAUGGUAGUUUCCAACUGGUUUGCGAUGGAUGCCCUGACGACGUUGCUCUCAAGGACCGACCUUGGGUUUGCCAGCAUUGCUACUAUGAGCAUCCUGAUCCUGUCGAUGAUCCAUUCUACCAAUCAACUGUGAAGAGUUUGAUGUAUUUCUGUGCGAUCAUCCUCCUGCUUUCGUACCUUAUUGGUCUGUGGUUCUCGCUGCGCACCCAUGCGAGUCAGAUCUGGCAGAACCCUCAGCAGCUCCUACACCCUAUCGAUGUUCAGCUCCCUCCUCAGCAUCGAUUCUCACUGUACAAUCGUUUCGUUCCAGCCUCACAUGGUGCCGGUGGUCCUACAGGCCAACGUCAGCCUUCUCUCCGACACAGGCCCAGCACGAUUGCAAGCCAGGACAACAGCAAUCUACCGUCACGCAGUCAGACACCCACACCUCGCGAUGCUGCCCCCACAACGAUGACAGACAGCCACCUCUCAGUGACUCAGGCAACGAACCAUGGCCAGCCCACCACCACAGGAGGUAAACGGAUAUCGUACGCUAACCCUCCAGCUAUCAACGCCCCUGCCCCUUACCCGCCAUUGUUGGAAAGUGUGAACCAUGCGAUCAAGGAUACUGGUAUUCACCCCGAAAGCAUUACAACGGAUGACUUCACUAGGGCAGUCGCGGUAGCCACGGUUAGUGCGCUCAGACACCAGCAAAAUCAGGCUUUGCCUCCAAGGUUGAGGACUUCGUCUGCCGAAGAGGAUGGAGGUCACGGAGGUCAUGAUGCACCCUCUUGGAGUCGUACGACAAGUGCAAGCGUAUUGUUGGCUUGCACCGCGACAUAUGCUUUGAUUGCAGAGCUACUCGUUGCUGUCGUCGAUGUCGUGAUGGAAGGAUCGGGAAUUGAUGAGAAAUUCCUUGGAAUUACUCUCUUUGCUCUGGUUCCCAAUACGACGGAGUUCAUGAAUGCAAUGUCGUUUGCGAUGAAUGGGAAUAUUGCACUCAGUAUGGAAAUUGGUUCCGCAUACGCUCUCCAAGUCUGUCUUCUCCAGAUCCCUGCGAUGGUUGCUUUCUCUGCGUGGUAUGCACCAGAAAAGAUGGGUUCCGUGGCGGAUACUUUCACACUUAUCUUCCCUCGUUGGGAUGUCGUGGUUAUCAUCCUUUCGGUAUUCUUGAUGACCUAUACAUACAUUGAGGCGAGGAGCAAUUACCACCGAGGAAGUAUUCUCAUUCUGAGUUAUCUUGUUCUUGCGUCUGGAUUCUACUUUGCUCCACAACGCGGAGACGAAAACGAACUCAUCCACUUGAUUUCCAAUAAUUUCCUCCGGAUAUUCAGCAUCACUCGUUAGAUGGAGCAGUUUUCUGAUAUCAUUUGAUUAGACUGUUAGUACAACAUUCAGCGUACAGGUUUUCAUGCUAUCAUUGUUCUUGCGUGUCAUUUAGUGUAAGCUCUGCAGCUUUUCUAGGAGGUCUCGCAUCUUGGCAGGACUAAUGGGAACUCGUUCCGCCUCAUUUUCUCCCUGCAACAAUGCCUCUGCAUCAGCUUGGUUCAAGAACUGCUCGAGGAAAUCGCCAUCUAAGAAACCUAUAGCGGCAUCUGCGUCACUUCGACCAUACCGAUUUGCCGGUGUCCUCCACCUGUGAGAGCUCGUUAUCGAUUGAAAGAAUGCAACCACAUUAUAACUCACUUUGAAUGGCGAAUAUCACCAGCACCCACCAGCUUCUUCGACAUGUUGUGUUGCAAAGCCGUUAACCCAAGGGAAAUUCUCUCAUCAUUCACAUGGAGUGUUUGGCAAAUACGUCCGGAGGAAGUGAAGAACAGGUGUUCUGGUUUAAAGACGUCCACAUCUUGCGUUUCCUGGGCGGCAAUGCUCCCUGUAGAUCAAGAAGUGAGCAUGACAGAGAUCAAGCGUAAAGAGUAAGAGUAUACCUGGCACUAUUUUCGUGACCAUCUCGCCGAGGUGAUAACUGCCAUUUUGACUUAGAAUAGUACGUUGAUCAGUACGUUCAAGAGCGAAUGAAAAGAGGUUUCCGUCAGCCUGUCAGCGGACUAGUCAGCAAAGUGCUUAACAAAUGAAAUAACAGACGCACAUUGCCGCCAAUAACACCUUUGUCAGGUAAUGCUUCCACAGCGACUGGCCAGAGGGGCCCAUAGUCCCUCGCAACGCUCUUGAUCUCUUUGCCAGAGACCUGUAGAACAGAGACAGAGCUGAUUGCAUCUCCAAUCGUGAUGAUGUCGUCGUGUGCGACGAGGCUUAUCACAGUAUAAUUAUGAUUCCAUUCGUGUAGCUUAUGCAAGGAAAUGACGGGAGGUUUGAUCACCGGAUUGGUAGCUAAAGUGUAGAGGACGACCUGUAUAUCAAGUAAGUCAGCGAGUCAGGUGGAUAUACCAGCUUCGAC